GGUUCAGUUGUUGUUUAACGUUCUAGCAGUUGGUUUAUAGUCGAGCUCGAGCCCCAAAAAAGGAUAUAGUUUCGUAGUGUAGUACAGAACUCAGAAUGCAUUACAUUGUUGGAUUGCUGUGCCUGCUGGCCAUUGGAGUCAACUCAGCCCCCACGGAUAAAAAUUACUUUUCAGAUCUGCCAAAAUGCUCGACCGACGAGGACCAGCUGGGGGAUUGUGUCAAGGAGAUAUUCAAUACGCUAACGCCCCGUCUCAAGGACGGCAAUCCCGAGCUGAGGAUCGAACCCUACGAACCCUUGCAUCUCAACCGAACUAGCUUCCAGUACUCCAGUGGCAAUGUCAACGGUCGGAUUACCGUUCGCAAUGCCAAGAUCUACGGAUUCGCCUCCAAUCGGGCCAAAGAAGUGUCCGUCAAACUCAAUGGGGACAAGGUGAAACUGCGCCUGGUCACCAAAAUGCCCAAAAUGAAUAUUGUGGGUAGCUAUAAGGCCGACAUGGUGGUGAAUCAGCUGCAAUUGAAGCCCAAGGGGGAUUUUAAUGUAACGCUAUUGGAUGUGGAGGCCACAACGGUCACCGAUGGUGAGAUCUACGAGAAGGAUGGUCACCGGUAUUUCCGCCUCAAAAAUAUUGAUUCGAAGCCAAAGAUUAGGGAUUUGGUCAUCAAGGCCAACGGAAUAUUUGCAGAUCCAGAACUGGAUGAAAUAGCUUUGAAUGUUGCUAAUCAGUACUGGCGCGAUAUCUACGGAAUAAUGCUGCCCGAGACCCGACAGUUUUGGCAACCCCUUAUGUUGCGAAUGUUCAACGAGGCUUUGGAACUGGUUCCCAUCGACCAGUUUCUCAAGGAGUAGCUCAAUUAGUUGUUGAAUUAAACUUGUGAUGAUUGUUUAAUAGAUAAUAAAUUGUUCCAUUAACUGCUAUUAAA